GGAAGUUGAAUGAAAUCAAUUAAUAACAUUAAAUCCUUUUCCAGACUCAAGAGAAAGCCAAAGUGAAACUUUUAUUAAAAUAUUAUUUAUUUACGACGCCUAGAAAUACUGGCUUACGGCGACACCAUGAAGGUUGCAUUUGUUAUGGCGUUGCUGAUCGCCACGGCAGCUUCAGCACCCGACGGAGGCUGGUCUUGGGGUUCCGAAGAGAAGAAGGCUGCAGCAGCUGUGGCCGAGGCCCAAUCUUCGGCCAAUUCGGGCAUUGAACAGGGCCGGUCUCACACCAAACAUUUCAACACCGACGGCAAUGUGAUCAACAUCCCCGCCGGUGGUGUUUCGGAGCCCCUUCCACUAGAGCCCCAUGCACCUUCCACCCCGGCUGUUGUUCAGGCACAACUUGUUGGGCAAGUCUCGCAAGCGGGAGUUGUCGGGGAGACAGAAAAGGACCGACAGGCCAGGUUCCUCGGCAUCAGCGACACACUCUGCAGCUGGGGCGUGGGUGUCAGAUGCGACAACAAAAUCAAGAAAAAAGGUCAUGGAUACCCUCCCAGCAUCAACUCUCAAUACGGAGUUCCGGUACAAGCGUACGACAACUACGGAGCUCCGUACGGAUCAUACGUGCCAGAACAAACUUUUAAUCAUCAUAAGAAUAAAGGCAACAAGAAGGGUGGUGGGGUCACUGACCUUAUUUCAGGAUUCAUCGAUUCGUACACCAAGCCAAAGCCCGAGAAAGGAUACAAGCCUUCCAAACUGCCCACUUACUUGCCUCCUGCAGGUUCACUUCAAGGUGCAUACGAAGUCCCCAUUUACGUAGCCGAGCCCAUCCAGCCCUUCCCUACUUACGGGGCUCCGCAGCCAGCUUACACUCCACCGGCAUCUGCAUACGGAGCACCAGAACCUCCUUUCAUUACUCCCAAGCCAAUUUAUCAAGUUUCUCAUCAAAAGAAAGGAUUUGCUGCCCAAUCUUCGUAUGCAGAGCCAAGCUACAACUCUCCUGUUAUUACCCCUCAUAAAGCAAAUCACAUCCAACCUGUUGCCACGGUGACCUCCAUCUUCACUCGUACAGUUGGUCCCAUUGAUGCCACUAAAGUGCAGCACCUUCAUUCACACACUCACGUUUAUCACGGUGCACAAGUUGUUCCACAGGGAAAUGACGGGUAUGUUGACACACAUCACAUUCCUACCAAUACCUAUAAUACUAAUUUCAAGAAGAAGUCUGACGAUAACAGCAACGUUGUAAUUGGAAGCAGUGCACCCACUUCAUUCACGUCAUCUGGAUCGGGUAAGGUUGGUUUUGGUUCAGAAGUAAAUGGUUUCCAAUCAGGACACUCGCAAUCUACUGUUUCCGAUUUCAAUUCUCAACACCAAGGCGUCUCAACUGGCCAUGUUCAUAACGUGAACCCCUUCGACAGUCAAUCUACUUCAAACUUCGGAACCACGGGUAACAACGGAUUUUCUUCUCAUACCAAAUUCAUCGCACAGGGAACAAAUCAACAUAAUACUUUCCACGGCCAAGGAUUCCAGCCGCCGUCUCGUCCUGAAUUUGGUUUCAAACCCUCACUUACGAUUGAGGAUAUGAUUCAGCAAAAUUCUCUGCAUCAAUUUUCACGUACAAUCUACAGAACUGAUUGUCAUUGCGUUGCUGAGCAGUAUUGCUCUGGAGAAAAUAUUAUCCGACCCGACAGGGACCUCACUCACCUUAUUGACGCUCGCAACCGUGCCAACCUCGUUUAUUCCAACGCCACUUCUGCCGAAAAUGAGACCGAGGUUGAUAACAGAGAUGUUAAUUCCUCCUACGAUUUUGCUGACUAUGAAGAUCCAGCGAAUGCCACUGAAGCUCCAGAAUACUACUCAUACGAAGACGAGACUGUCGCCAGCGGAAACAUUACCGACGUUCCUGUCGUCAGGAGGAAGAGAGAGACAAAUGAAACUACAGAAGAGAACUUCAGUGAUGUGCAGGGACGUCAGCUGACUGGUUACACGCCGGGACCACAAGGGUGCCGGGCUGGCACCGUGUGCUGUCGUCGUCCUGUGUACAACCCUGCCAGGGCGUUGCCCGUCUGCGGCAUCUCCAACGAUGAGAACAUCCACGGACGAAUUAAAACUAAGGACAGUGAGCCUGGCCGCGCCGGUUUCGGAGAGUACCCUUGGCAGGCAGCCAUCCUGCGCCGCGCCGAGGGUGAAGUUGUCUACGUGUGCGGGGCAACCCUCAUCAACCAACAGUUCCUGGUCACGGCCGCUCACUGCGUCAAGGACAUCGAUGCAAGUCUGCUGAAGAUCCGACUUGGAGAGUGGGACGUCAGGGACAAGAGUGAAUUCUAUCCCUACGUCGAAUUCGACGUCUCUGGCAUUUACAGUCAUCCUGAAUUUUACGAAGGGAACCUGGAGAACGACAUUGCCAUCCUCCGAACGGACAGAUUCGUGGACUACAGCAAAUAUCCCCACAUCUCCCCCGUAUGCCUGCCCGCGAGUCGCCAAGACUUCUCCGGACAAGUGUGCCGCAUCACAGGCUGGGGCAAGGACGGAUGGGGAAGUGAAGGAGACUUCCAGUCAAUCCUCAAGGAAACUCAAGUGCCAAUCCUCAACUCGAACUUGUGUCAGCAAAUCUUGAGAACCACGAAGCUCGGCACCAGUUAUUCCCUGCCAGCUGGCAUGGUGUGUGCUGGAGGUGAAGAAAACAAGGACGCCUGCAAGGGAGACGGCGGUGGCCCCCUGGUGUGUCGGAGCAGCGGAGGGGAGUUCCAGCUCGCGGGUGUUGUGUCCUGGGGCCUGGGAUGUGGACAACGUGGCAUCCCUGGUGUCUAUGUCGAUGUUCCUUACUACAUCGACUGGAUCAACUCCAUCAUCGGCGUCUAACUCUUCCGAUGUGAAUAAAGCUAACUAUUCUUAGUCUCAAUUAAAACGCAUCUGUUUAAAAUGUGAACUAAUCGAGGAGUCGGCAUCGUAGCAGCGCAAUCAUCACUGAUCGGCAUCAUCGCCCUGCGAUCAUCAGCCGGUAUCGUCACCCUGUAAUCAUCAUUCGGCAUCAUCGCCCUGCGAUCAUCAGCCGGUAUCGUCACUCUGUAAUCAUCACUCGGCAUCAUCGCCCUGCGAUCAUCAGCCGGUAUCGUCACUCUGUAAUCAUCACUCGACAUCAUCACCGUUUAAUAGUCACUCGGCAUCAUCGCCUUGUUAUCAUCGGUCGGCAUCAUCCCUGUGAAUGCAGCAUCGCUUGGCAAACUCCCGUAUCAACCGUAGGCUCAUUAAACGUUCUUGCAUGCAUUGAUAUUUCUUGCUGGAACUUUCAGCUAUCAAUUAAGGGUUUCUAUCAAUUAGAGGUUUCUAUUAAAAUUCUGUAUUGUUACAUCAUUUGGUCACAAGAUGGAAGCAUUUCAAUGUGCAUAACUAAAAAAGUCAAGCGGCUUAUGCUAUCAGCACCGUUUAGUGAAUUGAUCAAGUGCGUGUAAUUCAAAUUUAUCAUAAAUUAUUUCCAUUCAUGUUUAAGCGAAUUCACCCAGACCCCAUCGCAUGAUCAUUCCUACUCAAACAAUAAGCGUGUUCAAUGAUGUAAACGUUCUAGCAAAUACAGUUGUUCGAUUUAAUUCUGUGAAGUUUAAUCAUGUGUUUGAGGCAUCAUGUAUCAUCUUUGUUAUGACUUAUGUCCUUGUUUUAAGGAUAAGCAGCGUA